AUGAGCUUGAGUUUCUACUUUUAAUUUUACAUAGAAACAUGCGAGUUAGGCCAAAUAACUUUUUUUAAUGAGCCUGUUGAUUUAUAACUCGUUUCUAACCAGCUUUAAAAGUAAAGUCUAAGUCAAUACAAUUAAUCAAGCUUUCAAUAUGACAUUCUCCCUUACUCCUUAGCAUCUAACUAAACUUUUAAUAUGAGUUUGAUUUUGAAUUUGAGUUCAGAUAGUAAGAUAUCUGCCAUCUAAAAUAUCUCAGUUAAUAUUUAAAUUACAGAUUUGUAUCUGCAAAUUAUUGGAGGCUCAAGUCUUAAUUUAGGCUAUUAAAAUAAAAUGGUCUUAAAUACAGAUUCGAGAGAUUAUGAAAUUCAAGAUCCAAAUUAAGCUUCAAAUAUCAACUUUAGUUGGAAGUGUAAUAGCCUAUCCUCUAAUGACCAUAUCUGCUAUGAUUACUAGAAUAAGUAGAUUUAAUUGCAACAAGGGGCCAGUAGUAUUGCGUUUCCUGCUAAAACCUUUUAGCCAUACACUAUAAUUUAGUUUACAGUUGUUGGAUAAAAAGAUUCUAGGUAAUCAAAUUUCACGACUACCUGUAUUUUCACAGAAUUAGAUAUUCCUCCACUAAAUAUUUUUACAGCAACACACAUUAAUGGAAAAAUAAAUUUGAAUGAUGAUCUUAAUUUUUAAAUAAAUUAUGGUGAGAAUGUUUCAUCAGACUACUUGUCUUAUGCAGGAGCUAUAUUAUAUGAUAAUAAUCCAGUUGCAGCAAUCAAAUUUGAUUAUUUCCAAAUUAGAUUCAGAAUUUGGAACUAUUUUUAAAAUAUAGAUCCCUCAAAGCCCACACUUUAAAUAAGAUUUUCUGUGUAUAAUCCAUUAUAUGUUAUGCCAAGCUUGUCUACAAUUAGUAUUUAAAUUAAUAUUCCACCUCAGAAUUGCGUUUUAAGUAUAAAUCCCUAAAAAGGAAUAGCGCUUGAAACUAUCUUUUAGAUUUAAUUAUUGAGUUGUACAGAUGAAGAUCUUCCUCUAACUUAUUAGUUCUUCUAUUACAAUAAUGCAGAUGAUGCCAAUCAAGAAUUAAUUUCACCUUGGAAUAUUUUAAGAAGGUAGAUAUAAGAUCAGACGAUAAACAACUCAAUUUAAACAAUACUGCCUUAAGGAAAUCUAGUUUUUAUGGUACAGGUUAUGGAUUCUUACCUCGGAGUUUAUAAUACCUCUUCUACAAUAUAGGUUCAAGCUUAGAAUAAAUCAGCUGACGAAUAUUAUAAACUGGUAAAUCAACAGAUUUUGUAAGUUUAAUAGAGCUCAAAUAUAUAAAUCACUAACUAACUAGUGACUUUAAGCAUUAUUGCAGAAGACAUCAGUAAAAACAAUUAAUUUUCAUAGCAAAUGAAUGAUUUAGAAACUCUACUGAUUUAAAAUAUAUAGCAAUUGUCUUUCUAAAUACCUAAAUUCUCCCUUUUGUCUACAUUUGCAAACAAAGUAACUGCUUAGCUAUCAUAACUAGUCUUUAGCUCAUCUUAAUAAAGCAAUUUUACCACAUAGAAAAAUAAAAUAUUUGAUUAACUUUAAACACUACUUCAAAAUACUAAUUCAAGCAUACAAAAUAGUAAUCUGAGUCAUUUACAACAAAAUAAUGACAUUUAAAUUUAAAAUAUAGUAGACUCCUUUAAAAUUUUAAACUCAAGCGUUAGUUUGAAUAGUAAUAACUCAUAAGAAGAUUUUUAGUAAUACGAUAAAAUAUCAAGUUAGAUUGGAAAUCUGCUUAAUAAUAUUAGCUUACCAAACUAAGGAUAAAUUAUUCUAAAUGGUGACUUAUCCACUCUUUUGUCAGAUAAAAUAACAGAGAAAAACCUAUUCAAAUAUGUUCUAAGUACAGAUGAUUACAAUUCUGAAAAUUAAACAAGCAUAUUUAGUAUUUCAAGAAACAAUUACAAAUAAAAUAUUUAUGAAAAUACUUCAGAAUUCUAGGCGUACACAUAGAAAUUCAAAAAUAUUAGUUAAAACUUUACUUACUCUAAGAAUGAAGUAAUAUCACCAUAGAUUUAUAAUUAUUCUUCUUAAAAAAUCUUAAAUCAGUCUACUAUUUUUUACUAGUUUAAUAAUACAAAUUCUAGUAAGUUAUAUAAUAUGACAUGCCUUUAACAAAAUAAUCUUUCGUGGAGCAAAUAAAAUUGCGGUAUCACCAAAAUUGCUUAAAAUCGCUACGUAUGCUGCUGUGCCUCCUUAAAACCAACAACCAUAAUUGAAGAUAUUGAAGACAUGUUCUCAAAAAAUAAAAAUUUGUAGACAGCAUUUGGAGAAUAAGGUCUAUUAAAUAUAGCAAGCUUUGAGAACUUUUAUAUACUCUUAGACAAGUAAGCAGUAUAAAAAUACUCAAAAGUUCAUAAUCAAGAACUAAAUAAUUAAUUGUAAAAUGAAUAGAUAUAAGAGUUGAGAUAACAAUAAUAAUAAAUUGAUGAUGAUAAUAACUAAAAUAUUUGUGAAAAUUCUUAAAUGAUAAAUAAUGAUGUAUUCCAGCACUCUCCUUUUACUCAUCUAUUUAAGAGUAACGAAAAUAUCUAACCAGAAAUUUAGUAAAAUCAAUAGAUUUUAUCACCUCCUGAUUAAAAAAUAGAUAAUUAAUUUAAUAGAAGAAGAAAAAGAUAAAAAUUCCUCAAUUUAUAAACAUAACAAAUCCAAAGAAACUUAAAAAUAUUUUAAGAACAAAAUAUUUAAAUGAAAGAAGAGAAGGCUGAAUCUAACUAAUUGCAAAUAAUUAAAUCAUAAUCAAGUUCUAAAAGUGUUGAAAAAAUCAAAACUCAAACAAGCUCAUAAACCUAUAUAAAAUAGGUUUAAGAUGAAGAAGAAAUCUAAAAAAUAAAUGUUUAUUUGUAACUUUCUAAAGCGAAAAAGACCAUUAAGAUUCACUCUUCUUUACUUAAAAACAAUUCACACCCUAGAAUUAUAUAUACAUUCAAAAAGGGUUCAAUAGGUAAAACAGUUUCUCUAGUUUUGCAAAUAGUUAUAAGUUUAGUUUACUACUAUGUCAUUUUGGCAGUAUCUAGUGGUAAAACUCCAAGCAAUUCACUCUAUCCAAAAUCUUGCAAAAAUCUUUAUAAUAUUUAAAACUUUACUUUAUUCAUCUCUAAAGCAGUAGCAAAAAUCUCCUCUUUAAAUUACCUUAUAAUUAUAAUUGCUCAAAUUGAUCCUCAUAUUUAUGAUUUAGAGAGCAAUUAUCGAAAAAUGAGUAUUUAAAGAAAUAUUAUGAACGCUGCAUCUCCUAAUAAUGAAGUUAAUGGAUAAAUUAACAUUCUUGGCAAGGAUAAGUGGUGCAAAGAUGAUUUUGAAUUAGGCCCUUGUUUAGGAAAGGGUAAAUUCUCAGAAGUAUAUUUAGCACGAGAAAAGCUUAGUGGAUUUAUAAUAGCCUUAAAGAUUAUGCAAAAAAACUUUUUAAAAGAAUAUGGAUUAGAAGAUCAGCUAAGGAGGGAAAUUCUACUUUAGAAUGGGAGUGAUCACCCAAAUAUUUUGGCAAUAUAUGGGUUUUUUCAUGAUUAAAAUCACAUUUAUUUAAUUUUGGAAUAUGCAGAAUAAGGCGAUUUAUACACUUUGACACGCUCCUUUAAGCGCAUUCCAGAGAAUCUUGCUGCUAAAUAUAUAAAAUAAACAAUUUCUGCUUUGAUUUUUCUACAUAAGAAUAAUGUUAUUCAUAGAGAUUUAAAGCCAGAAAAUAUACUUCUUUCAAAGGGCGAUGUUAAAUUAGGAGAUUUUGGUUUGGCUAUUGAAAAUAAUAACGCUAUAAAAGAAAAAAGACAAACAUUUUGUGGAACUUUAGACUACAUUUCUCCAGAAAUGUUUAAUAGAAAAGGCCAUGAUUUUAGAGUAGAUAUUUGGAGUAUAGGAGUUUUAUGCUAUGAAUUAUGCUCUGGUUAGCCUCCUUUUGAGAGCGAAACAUAUGAUGAAACAAUGAGGAGGGUUUGUUCAGGUUCUCUAAAAUUUCCAUCAUAUUUUUCUGGAGAAUUAAAAGAAUUGCUAUCUAAAAUACUAUAAAAGAAUCCAGAUUUAAGGCCUAAUUUUGAGUAAAUACUUUAAUCAGAAUGGUUUAAAAUUGCUCUCGAUUGA